CGUAUGCUUCCGCCCCCUCUUCAUUUUUGUUUAGCUUUUUUUUCCGUCUUUGAAAGACACAAACUAAACGGCUUCGCCUGUAAUUUAAAUUCAAGGACUGAGCCAAUACAGACACAUCGUGCUGUCCUCUAAAGGCAGCGGAUCGUGUCCCCUAUCGCCAUUUUGAGCCGCCAGACGGCUCGGUGUAAUAAUGGACACCGACUACUCCUCCGGUUUAGAAAACCCGCUGUACAGCGAGCUGAAAUACUUCUGUAGGAAGAUACAUGAGGCUUACAACGAUCUGAAGGAGGACCUGACACCUUACCGAGAUGAUCGCUUUUACAGACUGGCCCCUAUGCGGCUCUAUACCCUGUCUAAAAGGCAUUUUGUCCUGGUCUUCGUGGCGUUCCUCAUCUGCUUCGGCCUCACAGUAUUCAUUGGAAUUGCAGGCCCUAGGACUAUUUCUGAGCAAGAGCAUAGUGCUGAUCAGUUACUUGUAAAAAAUGCAUCAGUUAAGACUGGGCCCUUCACUCUGCUUUCGUCUCCCCUAACCACCUACAACCAGCAGUUAUGGCUCAUCUGUGUCAUGCAGGUUGAAAACAGCAAUAUGAGAGACUUCCAGCAGCCUUUUGAGAUCAACGUUGAGCUAAAGGGGGUGAUGCAGGAUGCCAGUGUAAUACACAUCAGCAAUGUGCACCAGAAAUCACGAAAGCUUCACUGCGGGGCUAAAUGUGAUGAGAUCAUAGUGCUCCAUCUGGGCUAUCUGAACUACACCCAGUACCAGGUCAUGGUCAGCUUCAAGGGCCUUGAAAAUAUUACAUAUGAAAUCAAGGUCAAGUUUGUGUGGAAAACCUACAAUCCCACAUUCUCACAAGUGGAAAUCUGGUUCCGCUUCGUCUUUGUGGUGCUGACCUUUGUGGUGACGUGCAUGUUUGCACACUCACUGAGGAAGUUUUCUAUGAGGGACUGGGGCAUAGAACAAAAAUGGAUGUCUAUCCUCCUCCCAUUACUGCUGCUCUACAAUGAUCCAUUCUUCCCACUGUCAUUCCUGGUGAACAACUGGUUUCCUGGAACAUUGGAUGCUUUCUUUCAGGCUCUCUUCCUGUGUGCUCUGCUGCUCUUCUGGCUCUGUGUUUACCACAGCAUCAGGGUUCAGGGUGAGAGGAAAUGCCUGACAUUCUACCUGCCUAAGCUGAUCAUUGUAGGUCUCCUGUGGCUCUCAGCAGUUACACUGGGCAUAUGGCAAACUGUCAAUGAACUCCAGGAUCCCACCUAUCAAUAUAAAGUGGAUAUAGUGAAUUUUCAGGGUAUGAAGAUCUUCUUCCUGAUUGUAGUUGCCCUUUACAUCCUCUACCUGAUUUUCCUGAUUGUCAGAGCUUGCUCUGAACUCAAGAACAUGCCUUACUCAGAUCUCCGACUGAAGUUUUUGACAGCGCUGACAUUUGUCGUCCUUGUCAUAAGCAUGGUCAUUCUCUACCUGAGGUUUGGUGCCAAGGCUCUUCAAGACAAUUUUGUGGCAGAAUUGUCCACUCAUUACCAAAACUCAGCUGAAUUUUUAUCCUUCUAUGGCCUACUCAACUUUUACUUGUAUACAUUAGCAUUUGUCUAUUCCCCUGCCAAAAAUGCUCUCUAUGAUUCCCAGUUGAAGGAUAAUCCUGCUUUCUCCAUGCUGAAUGACUCAGAUGAUGAAGUAAUAUACGGAAGUGAUUACGAAGACAUGCCUUUACAAAAUGGACACGCUAUCAAAGCAACCACCAAAUACCAGGAUGAGAGUGAUAGUGACUGAUGGGUCUGCCCCUCUUCAGUCUCUCUGUUGGAAACCAUGAGAAUGCAUUACAACAGACUAUCAUGUUUAUGUGUAAAUAAGGAGGCUUUGCAUUGGUAAGAUGACAUGAUAUACUGCAAGUACACAAAUUUAUUUUUAAAAAAAUAUAAACUGUCUUCUGAAUGUACUGUAAUUUUACUUAAGGUUGAGGCAUGUAGCCACUCACUCUUUUCUUGAAUAUGUUUUACAGUGUCAUUGGAAACAAACCGAUAUAAAACGAUACAAUUUUACCAACUUGUAAAGAUUUUUCCUCAUAACAGCCUUUCUUCACAUCAUUGGGAAGAGUGCUAGUACUAACUGGGGAUUUUUGUGCCAAAUCAGUGGUAUUUUUUAAUGGCUUGUGCUGAACCACUGUUGUCUCCUUAAACUUGUAUUGUGUUUUUGCCAUUCCUUUAUGCUCUUUGUCAUUUUGAGAAUAAUGCACUUAUGUGGCCAAAACUGAGUAACAUGACACUGGUGGUAGAAAGCAGACGAAGCUCAUGCUGCCACGGCUCACCAGCACUGUCAUGAUUCUUGUAUGGGGAAUUUAAGUGCCUAAAAAGUGUUGGCUGAUGACAAAUCCCCUUGGUCUUCAGACAUAUUCAGAGAGAGCCUUAACUGGAGCAGCUACCAGUGAUCUCUUACCACUCCUCUGACCAGUUCUUCCUUUGUAAAUGGACCUGUUUGAGAAAUGUAUUUAUUUUGCUUAAAGGUUACAACAUUUCAUACUGUAUUACCUGAUGAGCUGGAAGGGUGGAUUUUGAUGAACCGCAUGGGUAUUAGAUGACUAUUUUAAUGGACUACUGAUCUGUUACAUCAAAACAUUUAUUUUCUCAGCUCAUUCAGUAGUUAUACCGUACCACUGGCCAAACCUAUGUUGACUAUAUUAUUUUAUGUAAUUGCUUUUUUUUUUCUGCAAACCCUUCUAUACUGCCGACAGUGUGAGACCUGCUGUCCUUCACUUUGUAAAACUGGAGCAAAACAUGUUUCAGUUCUUUACAAAUAAUCUCUAAUGAAGAUGGUGCCUUGUCUUUACAUCACUUUUCUUCUAAAUGGGCUGCAGUCUGAAAUUGUAAAUGCUGUCACAUAGAUGAACAUGUACUAUUCUUUCAGUGUGAAUGUAACUUAUGUUGGUUCAAGGUGGUUAAAUGAGGGUGUUGAAGGUACCUGCAAUUUUUGUUGCUUCAUGAGAUAAAAGCUGUGCAUGUAGCGUACUGUCACACCAUGUAAAUAAAGCAAAGUACACUACAUACAGUUUUACAUGUU